ACAAGUUAGUGAAGCCCAUAUAUUUGGAGGGCUAUGAUCUUAUUGAUCUGAAAAUAUAAAAUCUCAUAGCGGCGCCGACCAUACUUUUAAUUUUCUUUCUUCUACAAUUCUCUGGAACUGUGUAGACGAUUCCCGAAUUCUCUAUCCAGUGUGCUUGAUUUCUAUUUAUUUAAAAUAGUCCCAUUUAACGGCUUUUCUUAAGUGAUUACUAGGGUUCUUGUUGUUUUUUGAUUGGUAUUUUCAAUUUUUCUUCAAAAUAAUCUAAAACUGUGAAUAUGGCAAGAGACGGACCCAACUGGGAAGGAUUGCUAAAGUGGAGCCUUGCUCACUCCGAUGGGACUGGUUCAUCACGCAAUCUCAGUGAGGAAGAUAGAAGAUGGUUUAUGGAAGCAAUGCAAGCGCAAAGUGUUGAUGUGAUUAAGCGAAUGAAGGAGAUAACUCUUGUUAUGCAAGCCCCAGAGCAUGUCUUGGAGGCUCAAGGUGUUACACCUGCCGAUAUUGAAGAUAUGUUGGAGGAACUACAAGAGCAUGUCGAGUCCAUUGACAUGGCAAAUGAUCUUCAUUCAAUUGGUGGUUUAGUCCCUCUUCUUGGUUACCUGAAGAAUUCCCAUGCCAACAUUCGGGCAAAGGCUGCUGAGGUUGUAACCACUAUCGUCCAGAAUAAUCCCCGCAGUCAGCAAUUAGUUAUGGAAGCAAAUGGCUUGGAACCUCUUCUUUCUAAUUUCUCGUCAGACCCAGAUAUGAAUGUCCGAACCAAAGCACUUGGUGCAAUAUCCUCUUUAAUUCGGCACAACAAGCCUGGUAUUGCUGCAUUUCGUCUAGCAAAUGGUUAUGCGGCGAUGAGAGAUGCUCUAGGUUCAGAGAGUGUGAGAUUCCAAAGGAAAGCUCUCAACUUGAUCCAUUACCUUCUGCAUGAGAAUAGUUCAGACUGCAGCAUAGUUAAUGAACUAGGCUUCCCACGCAUAAUGUUACACCUUGCAUCAAGUGAAGAUGGUGAAGUACGAGAGGCUGCCCUUCAGGGCCUUCUUGAUCUUGCUCGACACAAGCCACAUGCAAAUGGUGGUAGAAUAGGUGAAGAAGAUGAGAAAUUGAAGCAACUACUUGAAGAACGAAUUAAGGGUAUUAGCUUGAUGUCACCUGAGGAUCUCGGGGCAGCUAGAGAGGAGAGGCAUCUGGUAGACUCCCUCUGGAAUGCCUGCUAUAAUGAGCCAUCAUCCCUACGGGAGAAGGGGCUCCUUGUACUCCCUGGAGAAGAUUCCUUGCCACCUGAUGUUGCCAGCAAGCACUUUGAACCUCCUCUUAGAGCAUGGGCAGCAAAUCCCACUACCGCUAAAGAUUCCAGUACUGACAAGAAACAACCUCCUCUAUUAUUAGGAUUAGGUCCUCCACCAGAGGCAGCAAAUGCCCAGGGAAACUUAAAUGCUGGAGUCGAUAACAAUGAGCAGAAGAGUGAUUCCAGAUGAAGUAUUUAUGUAACUCAGGCCAGUCUGUAUGUAUGUUAAAGAAGAUUAUGGACCGAACUGACAUCUUGUACUGUAUCAUAGAUUUUGAAUUUUGCAAUGCCUGCAUGUUUUAGGCUUCUUUUCUGCAAUUUUUAGAUGUCUCUUCCUAUAUUAACAUUAUGUUAUCAGUAUUAAAGGUUUCUACUUCAAAAUUCAUUUCUCUGAAAUAUAUGAAAAAUGAUUAUUUUGUUGA